CGAAACACCAGUAUUUAUCUAUCUAAUAUAUAUAAAAUACAUUUAUUCAUAGGUAUAUUAGUACAGUAAAGUCUCCUGUCUAACUCAGGGUCGCUUUGUUUCGUCUACACGAGCGCACGGAUUGGCUGCCUGGACCCUGCCUUCCCAUUUACGGUGGCUAGGAUCACGUGACCGAACCCGACAGAACCGAAACGCCCGUAAUCUCCAAAGGCGGGCGGCGACUUGUCAGCUUCACUUCAACAACACCUCCCUCACUUCUCCAUCCCACUCCAUCCGAUCCUCUCGACUCCCCCUGGUCACUAGCCUGUCCUUCAUCCGGAGUCGCUUUCGGUGCUACUUGGCCCGUCGUUUCGAUCCUUUCUCUCGGCCUCCUCAGCGCGAAAUCGACCGAUCCCUGAAUCCCCAUAUCUAGAUCAUCUGGUGACCCACCAGGUUCUACGACUUGGAACUUCGAUCUUUCUCUUCCUCCUAAAUAACCGGAAUCAUGUCUGAGCCACCCUACGACCCCUAUAUCCCCUCCGGCUCCAACGGGGCCCCCGGCCAGACGGCGCAAAAUGGCGACCCCAAGACCCGCGAAAUUGACAAGAAAAUCCAAGAGACUGUCGACACCAUGCGCUCGAAUAUUUUCAAGGUCUCGGAGCGUGGCGAGCGUCUAGACUCGCUCCAGGAUAAGACCGAUAACCUGGCCACCUCGGCGCAGGGUUUCCGUCGGGGUGCCAACCGCGUCAGAAAGCAGAUGUGGUGGAAGGAUAUGAAGAUGCGUGUAUGCUUGGUCAUCUGCGUCAUCCUCCUGCUUGUCGUGAUUAUCGUCCCUACCGUUGUCACCACCACAAAAUAAGCCACGAACGCAGCGACCGUCAUGUUUUUCUUGGGAAUGGAUGUUUUUUCCAGCUGGAUCAUCUGUGUUGAAGCUUUGUUCUCAGCCAUUAAUACCUCGUGUUCUUUUGCUUUUCUUUUUCCUCGGGCGUCACCCACGUUUGUCCUCACGAAUAAAUCUGGUCUCCGAAUGUCUCUGGCGCUG